UCGGCAGUUGCACGGACAUAGAAUUACCAACGAAAAUACAAGUAGUCCCUCCUUCGUCUUUCUCUCGUCAUCCUGUUGCGAAAGCAGGAAGUGGAAACAUAAUUUUGGGACCAUUAUUAUGUUCCCUACCCAACACAGGUUAUAUUUUCAUUCAUGUUUUUUAUUUUUUAUUAGAAGCUUUCGUUAAACUCAAUUGACAAUCUAUCUAUCUAUAAUAAUCUAGUAGUAAUAUUUAUCAUCAUCAUGUUUAAGAAUAUACUAUGGCGACACAGAACAACCCUUCUAAACCCUAACCCUCUUUUCCACCAUUGCCCAUUACCCUUUCCUCUCCAUUUUUGCACCAACACUUCAGAUUCAACCUCUUUUGCUGUCUCCUACCUCAUCAACAAUUUUGGCUUUGACCCACAAUCUGCUUCCAAACUUUCCUCCACUUACAAUGUUACUUUCAAGAAUGCCCAAAAACCUGACUCUGUUCUCACCUUCUUUAGAAACUAUGGUUUCUCAGAUUCCCAACUACGUCAUACCAUUUCAAAGGAACCAUGGCUGCUUUCCUGCAACCCUUCUAAAAGGGUUUUGCCAAAGUUUCAAUUUUUUCUCUCCAAAGGUGCUUCUACAUCUGACAUUGUUAACAUUAUCACUAAGAACCCCAACAUCCUGAAAGCAAGCCUUGAUAAUAAAAUUAUCCAAGCCUAUCAAUUGAUUUAUAGAUUCUUGCAAUCAGACAAGGUCAUUAUUGAUUGUGUUAUUCGCAAUCCAUCUUUCUUUGGAGACGCUCGUGUGGUAUCUAACAUUAGAUUGCUGAUUGCCAAUGGAGUGGCCGACUUAAACAUUAAAAGAAUGCUUUGCGUAAGGAGUAGGGCAUUUCAGACACCGACACGUGACAUGCUGAAAUUGGUGGAGGAAUUAAAGGAUUUGGGUUUUACUCCUUCAAAAUCAACCUUUGGUGUAGCGUUGCUAGCCAAACUAUCUGUAAAGAAAACAUUGUGGGAAGAGAAAGUCGAUGCCUUUAAGAAGUGGGGUUGGUCUGCUGAAGAUGUUCUACAAGCAUUUAGAAGGCAACCUCAUUGUAUGUUAACAUCCAUUGAUAAAAUUAAUCUAGUGAUGAACUUUUGGGUCAAUCAGUUGGGUUGGGAUGCACUUGCCCUUGCCAAAGGACCAUCAGUUUUUUCUUUAAGUUUUGAAAAGAGGGUCCUUCCAAGGGCCUCUGUAUUGCAAUAUCUUCUGAAGAAAGGUUUGCGAAAAAAGAAUGCAAGCUUAACUUGUCCAUUUGUAGUGUCUGAGAAGCUGUUUCUUGAUACGUGUAUAAAGGGUAUUAAGGAGUCUUCUUAUCUAUUAAAGUUGUAUGAGGAAAAACUCAAUCUUGCUUACACCAUGGACAAAACAUGCACAUCAUGAUUAGAUUUUCAGCAACAAUGUAGAUGUUUAUUUCUUUCACCAAGCUCACACAAAGAACAAGGUUGAAGAGAGAGAGCUACCAAGUAUGUUGUGUCCAACCAGAGGAAGGGUUUCCAUUCCAAUUGAAGUCCUUAAAGUACAAAGUUGGAAUGGGCAUUAUAUUUCCGUUAAUGCUAAAUAAACUAUACAGGUUAUGUUGUUUUUUUACUUGCAUGAAUGGAGUAUGAAUAGUUGAAUAUUGUUGGAACAAUGGUUUUGAUCAAGAUAGCAUAGGGAUAGGGACUCGAAGUCUUAAUAGACAGGAACCCUACUAUACAAGGGAUGGUGUGAUUGCUAAAAUUUGAAAGUAUCUCAUGAAUGCUUGACAUUGAACUCCAUUAUUUAAGCAUUUAUUUUAUUUUUUCAAAUUACAUUAAGCAGAAGUUGUAUUCGAUGA